AUGGCCGCGUCCACCCUGUCCGUCUGCUCUAGCGACCUGAGCUAUGGCAGCCGCGUCUGCCUGCCCGGGGCCUCGGACUCCUGCCCCGACUCCUCCUGGCAGGAGGACGACUGCCCAGAGAGCUGCUGCGAGCCCCCGUGCUGCGCCCCGGCCCCCUGCCUGACCCUCCUGUACGGCCCCUCCUCCCCCUGCCAGGGAGACUGCUGCACCCCUGCGUGCUGCAAGCCAGUGUGCUGCACCCCUGUGUGCUGCAAGCCCGUGUGCUGCACCCCUGUCUGCUGCGAGGACUCCCCCUGCACAACCUCUUCAUGCUGCCAGCCGUCCUGCGGCCCCUCCUCCCCCUGCCAGGGAGACUGCUGCACCCCUGCGUGCUGCAAGCCCGUCUGCUGCACCCCUGUGUGCUGCAAGCCCAUCUGCUGCACCCCUGUCUGCUGCGAGGACUCCCCCUGCUCAGCCCCUUCCUGCUGCAGACCCUCCUCCUGUGUGUCCCUGCUCUGCCGUCCCGUGUGCAGGCCCACCUGCUGCACGCCUGUCUGCUGCAAGCUUUUCUCCUGCACCCCUGCGUGCUGUGAGGACUCCCCCUGCACAACCUCUUCAUGUUGCCAGCCAUCCUGCUGCACCUCCUCCCCCUGCCAGGAAGACUGCUGCAAGCCCGUCUGCUGCACCCCUGUCUGCUGCAAGCCCGUGUGCUGCACCCCUGUCUGCUGUGAGGACUCCCCCUGCUCAGCCCCCUCCUGCUGCCAGCCCAGCCCCUGCUGCAGACCCUCCUCCUGCGUGUCCCUGCUCUGCCGCCCCGUGUGCAGGCCCGCCUGCUGCACCCCUGUCUGCUGCAAGCCUGUCUGCUGCACCCCUGUGCCCGCCUGCUGCACCCCUGCCUCCUCCUGCUGCCGCCCGGCCUCCUGCGUGUCCCUGCUCUGCCGCCCCGCAUGCUCCCGCCCUGCCUGCUCCCGCCCUGCCUCGGCCCAGAAGUCCUCCUGCCAGUGAUGUGGCCAGCCGUCACUGUGGGGACCCCCAGCGCUCCCACCUACCAGCCUCCCAGCUGCUUUGGGGUCUGUCUCUUAGGCC